UGGUACUAGCCAUUUUUCGUCUUUCGUCCGUUUGUUUUAAAGGUAUUUGUUGUGAAACGUGGGUGUAUGAUAAACGAAACUGUCAAAAUAUUAUGUGAAAAUAAUACGUCGUCGCUCGAAACUGUGCACUCAUCCGCGAUGGAGUCGGCUCAGAAGAAACUGGACUUCGACAGUCACGACGAAUCUUACGAGGAUCAUCUCAAAUUUAUUGACAACAAGUUCUGUUUCCCUGAGGACGACAUCGGCAUCACCAGCAGUCCACUUUCACGCAGGCUGCAGUUGCAGAGCCCUCGAAAGAUAAAACGCCACAUGCACACGCGUUUUCAAGAAUGGAAAGACGACGAAGAAUUUGUGCACCCUAUGCUUCCUCCGUCCCCUGUUUCGCAGAACUACCUAGACCAUGAGAAGGGGCCCCAGCCAGGUCUGCUGGACAAACCGCCAUUGACCUACUCACCGCCUUACAAGAGGGUGCGAGCUCUGAGGCUCUUCGACACUCCAAUUACUCCAAAAACCAUUAUUGAGAAAUCUAACCCUGGUCUUUUGAGCGGAGUCAAUUUACCAGAAGACUUCCCAAGACCCAUUCCUUCGUCCUUCAAGCCAACUGUGGAAAAGCCUGUUGCCAACACAAAUCCCUUUACUCCAGACAUUUUGCUCAGGUUCAGGAAAAGAACUAGGUCAUUGAGGAAUCUCAAUUCUUUGCACUCGUCACCAAACUCUGUAAAUUCGUCCAUGCAGUCAAUCGAAGACUCCCAAACUGCAAUGCAGCAAGGCUCUAUGCUAGAGGAUGAUGAAGACGAAGUUAGACAGCCUAGAAAGAGGAUAGCCAUCAAUGAGUCAAAUAUCACCAGAUACCACAAGGAAUUCCAUGAAGUUGCUCUUAUAGGGGCUGGUGAAUUUGGAAGUGUUCACAAAUGCAUCAAUCGUUUAGAUGGGUGCAUCUAUGCCAUAAAAAGAAGUAUUCAGCCAAUUGCAGGAUCUGCAGAUGAGCAAAGAGCGCUGAACGAGGUUUAUGCUCACGCUGUCCUUGGAAGCCAUCCACAUGUAGUUCGUUACUACUCCGCUUGGGCAGAAGAAAACCACAUGAUCAUACAGAAUGAGUUCUGUGGUGGAGGCAGUUUAGCCGACCAGCUGAAGAAGCUGCGAGAGGCUAAUGAGAAGCCCCCUGGUCUGCCUGAAAAGGAAUUGCGGCGUAUUUUGCUACACAUCAGUCGAGGCCUCCACUUCAUUCACCAGGCUGGCCUUGUCCACCUCGACAUCAAGCCUGGCAACAUUUUCAUUGCUCAUGAAGCAAGGGUUGUGCCGGUCUCUGCCCUCAACUCUUCUGGAGAGCUUAGCAUGGAAGAAGAGGAGGCUGUCGCUGAGCCGGAGCGAGAGGAGAAUGUUUACAAAAUUGGUGAUCUGGGUCAUGUCACAAGUAGCGACAUGCCUAAAGUUGAAGAAGGAGACUGUCGAUAUCUGCCUAGGGAACUGCUCCAGGAUGAUUUUUCACACCUGACAAAGGCAGACAUUUUUUCAUUAGGUUUAACAAUUUACGAAGCUGCUGGAGCUGGACCCCUUCCUAAAAAUGGUGAUUUAUGGCAUGCUUACAGAGAUGGAAAUCUUCCAGAACUGCCAUAUUUAAGCUCAUCUUUGAAUGAACUUAUAAAGUCAAUGGUGCACUCCAAUCCUGCUGAGCGACCAUCAGCUUCACAAAUUGCUAGCCACCCACUACUGUCGGACGCACCACCCCGAGGCCUCACUGCCCGAGAGGUGGAGCUUCAAAGAGAGGUCAAUGUGCAGAGACUGAAGUCUGAGAUAUUGGAGCGCCAGCUGCAGGAUGCUAACCGUUUGCUCAAGAUGUCGCAGGAAAAAGCUAAAACCCUGCACGAAACAAAGCGCAUUCUGAAAGCUGGCCACGAGGAGUUUAAGUCCAGCCUUGACAGCAACUGCAAUCUAAGACUGCCUGUCGACCGAGCCAAGAGUCGACUGGUAGGGUGCCGCACGAAGAGGAGCAUGAGUGCCACAAACUUUUGAGAUAUUUGUGAUGUGUCCAGUUUAAGAAUUUAUUAUAGUUGUUUCGCUUGGCUUGUGUCUGGACCUGUCGUAGCUGAAAACAAUUCAUUGUUUCUUCCUUGUGCUUUACAAUUUUUAUACGUUGUCCCUGCAAGGUCCAGUUGUGUUACACUGUCCCUGCUUAUUACGAAUCUCCAGAAUUACCUGCCUGUGUCAAAUUGUUUUAGGUGGAUAAUAUGCAAAGUAAGGGAAAUUUAUAAUUGCUGGAGACACGAAAUUUAUUUUGUAUCUUAUCUCUUCUCAUAGUUAUUAAUGCAUUUCGUUUUGAUAUACGCAUUCUUUAUGAAAUAAAUUUAUUAAACAGAUGAUACAAAAAAUAAUUUAUACAGGAGGCCAAUUAAUUUGUCUUUCUCCUUAUUUGUGGAUGUGC